AUGCGUUUGUUAUAUCUAGGUGAAAAUGAUCUCAAGACAUAUGACAAAUGGGAGUUGGUCUCAUGUCCAUCCUGUAAAGCGUUGUUCUGGAAUGCUGAAGCACCUCGAGUUCAGACAAACCAAGAGAGCAAGCAGUUUAGUCUUUGUUGUCAGAGAGGUCGUGUGAGACUUCCACCAGUUCGGGAGCCACCGUCUCCAUUUCUAGAGCUUUUAGAGUCGCCGAGCUUCAAGCCCCACAUCAGAAUUGCUAACAGUUUGCUUGAUUUCCCCUCUAUGGGUGCCAAAAUUGAUAAGAGCGUCACUGGGUAUGGACAUGAGAAGAUCUCCAUGACUCCAUCAUCAAACGCAUGUUUGGUAUUGGAAAAGCCUCAAAAAUCACUCGAGGGUUUGCUACAAACUAUUUGUAAUGUAGACACAGACAAAACAUUACGGACUCGUGAUUGGACAGAGCGACCACUCCCACCAAAGAUGUUGCGAUAUGCAAGAACGGAUACGCAAUAUUUGCUUUGGAUUGCCGAUGUUUUGGCUGCCGAGCUCAAAGAACUUAAAAAGUAUGAUGAGUGUAUUAGGAGGUGCAACAAAGUGUGCUUAACACUAUACGCCAAAGGACAAGAAGAUUUCAAAUUAGCUAAUCGGGAACAAUAUGAUUGUCGUGAACGUGCUUGGAAACUUUGUAUAUGGAGAGAUCUGAUGGCACGGAUCCACGAUGAAAGCAGAGAAUUUGUGUUAUCUAAUGAGGUUAUGCUUGAAUUUGCUCGGAAAGUUCCAACCACAUACGAUGUGUUUAAAUCAACCGCUGAUCAACAAAGAGGGGGGAAAAUUGAUGAGGUGUCGGUAAUUUUCCUGUGUCAUUAUGACGAUUACUUCAACCAGAUCAUGAGUGACAAGUCUGUAGCUCUUGAGACCGCUUUUCCACUUAUUCUUCAAAAUGGAAAACAAACUUCAAAGGUAUCACAGAUACCUAUACGCAAGCCUGACGUUGCUGUGUACGAGAGUGAUGGAACGUUGAAGUUUCGGUGUAACCAUGGAAAAGGGCAAUGGUAUCUGAAGAUGGGGCUUGCAGAACAGACUCAAAUUCAUGGAGAAUAUGCUUUACAGUUGAAGACUGAAACUUUGGGUGGUCCUGAAAAAGUUGAGAAGAAAAAGGAUUUGUGUAAUAGUUGCGGCAAAGAAGGGAUCGAAUUGAAUCGUCACCGGAUAGUACCACCAUCAUACCGGAAAUAUUUCACAGAGACACUUAAAAUGGAUCAGUCUCGUGAUAUGGUGUGGCUGUGUCAAAAGUGUCAGAAAAUUGCUCUAGAAGCUGGAGAGCGUUACAAGAAAACAAUGAGUUCAAGAUAUGAAGUCUCCCAACCUUCUCAUCAGAAAAUGGUUGAAGCUAAAGAACAUGUAAAUAUUCGAAGAGCUGCAGCAGCGCUUUUGGAUAGGCCGACCAUCCCAGAAUCUCGCCGUGAGGAAUACAUGGAGAUCGUAGAGAGGCAUUAUGGCCGAAGCAACCUUUCGCGCGAGGAUUUGGAAGGAGUUCGAAAGAUUGGGUUGAUGAGUUCUAAGGAAGAAAAAAAUGAAACAAGUGUAGAAAAACAGAUCAUUGAUAAUCUGUUAAAGAACUCCGGAGAAGAUGGAGUUAAAAGGUUUUGUGAAGAAUGGAGGCAACAGUUCGUGAACGAUCUUCAUCCUACAAAUUUACCUAGUGAGUGGGGCAUGUAA